UCUGAUGCCUCCCACCUUCAACAUGGUAGAUCUCAGAACGUUUUUAUUUCUAUGACACACGAGUUCUAAGAACUCUAAUCCAUAAUGGUUACCUCUCCAUUUUCUACUCCUCUUUGAAGUCCAUGGCUGAGAGAUUGUUAGUAGGAGCAUUGAAGGGUGGUAAACGUACUAAAAUUGUUACCCUGAAUGGAAAGAAAAUUACAAAGAUGCCCUCAGCAUUAGAAAAGCUGUCUGGCCUUAAGAUUCUAUCCUUGAAGAAUAACCUAAUCCCCAAAGUGUGCCCAGAGAUAAGCACCUUGACUCAGCUGACAGCACUAAAUCUGGGAAACAAUCUUUUAGAAGAAGUUCCAGAAGAGCUGAAAUACCUUACAUCCCUGAAGAAACUCCAUUUAUUUGGAAAUAGGAUUCGUAGAUUUGUACCUGGAUCAUGUGAUGGUUUACAAAACUUGGUCCUGCUUAAUCUGAACAACAAUCUGCUUACGUGUCUUCCUCAAGAAAUCGGCAGGUUAAAUAGUCUUUCAUAUUUGACCAUAAACUAUAACCAACUAGCCAGCAUUCCUAAAGAACUUUGUUUACUUGAGAAUCUUUCUGAACUACAACUUAACUACAAUCAGCUUAUUUGCAUACCUGGACAGAUUAAGUUCUUGAAGAAGCUCCAGAAACUACUUCUGGCCAGGAACAACAUUGACGAUUUGCCAGAGGGCAUUUGUGAUCUUACAAACUUAAGAAUCCUAGACAUAGCUGGAAAUAUUGUUCAGGUUUUUCCACCCCAAUUUCAGAACCUGCAGCUGAAGGAAUUCUACUGUGAAGGGAACCCACUGGUCCUGAGGCAGCCAGUUCAUGCUGUGGAGCAGGAGGAUGUCUGGAGUUUACAGGAAAUAGCAUCAAGAUUUGUAAUGAAUCAGCUAGCAGAAAAUAAUCCUUUACUAAUGCAAGCCAUAGAAUGCUACCCACAGAUCAGGAAUAUAAUCUCUCGUGGAAAAGAAUGUGCAAUAUGUGGAAAGUCCUUUCUAACCACGUGUCUGGAAUGUGUUGAGUUUGUUCCUCCAUCGAAGAACUGGAAGAUAAGCAAAAAUUUACAAUUGAUACCUCUUCGAAUAUUAAUUUGUUCUUACAAAUGUUUUAAUCAACGUGGCCCUGACCUCUUUGGAAUUGCUCAGGUGUAG